UCGUUCAUCAUCCAUCUCACAUUUCUCUUAGUUUUUUCACCAUAUAUAUGUUUGCGUAAUUUAUUCUUUAAUUCUUGUUCUGAUAUAAACCAAAAUAAAAAAUAAAAGAAAGAUAGAAGAAAAAAAAAGGUUUUUUGAUAUCUGGGAUUCACUAAUCCGAGGAAAAUGGAAGGAACUAGUUUUCAGAAAGCGAGUAACAGUUUGAGAAGAGACUCCUCUGUGUGGAAGAGAGAUUCAGGAAUGGAGAUUUUCUCCAGGUCUUCUAGAGAAGAAGACGACGAAGAAGCUUUGAAAUGGGCAGCUCUAGAGAAGCUCCCCACCUUUGACCGUCUCAGGAAAGGAAUCCUCACGGCCUCUCAUGGCAUCAACGAGAUCGAUAUUGAGAAGCUUGGGUUCCAAGAUACCAAGAAACUGCUAGAGAGGCUUAUCAAAGUCGGUGAAGACGAGCAUGAGAAGCUCCUAUGGAAACUCAAAGACCGUAUCGAUAGAGUUGGAAUCGAUCUUCCGACAAUAGAAGUACGGUUUGAUCAUCUAAAAGUUGAAGCAGAGGUUCAUGUCGGAGGCAGAGCUUUACCCACGUUUGUUAACUUCAUGUCCAAUUUUGUAGAUAAGCUCCUGAACUCUCUGCAUCUUCUUCCCAACCGGAAGAAGAAGUUCACUAUACUCAAUGACGUCAAUGGAAUCGUCAAGCCCGGCAGGAUGGCUCUGCUCUUGGGUCCUCCAAGUUCUGGGAAAACGACCCUCUUGCUUGCCUUGGCGGGAAAGCUUGAUCAUGAACUAAAGGAAACUGGAAGAGUGUCAUACAAUGGUCAUGGAAUGAACGAAUUUGUGCCACAAAGAGCAGCUGCAUAUAUAGGUCAAAACGAUGUUCACAUCGGUGAAAUGACUGUUAGGGAGACUUUUGCUUACGCAGCUCGCUUCCAAGGUGUUGGUUCACGUUAUGAUAUGUUGACGGAAUUGGCAAGAAGGGAGAAGGAAGCAAACAUCAAACCUGACCCUGAUAUUGAUGUCUUCAUGAAGGCGACAUCAACAGCAGGUGAAGAAACAAACGUGAUGACAGAUUAUAUCCUCAAGAUCUUAGGCCUUGAAGUCUGCGCAGACACCAUGGUCGGUGAUGAUAUGCUGAGAGGUAUCUCCGGAGGACAGAAGAAGCGUGUCACUACUGGUGAGAUGCUGGUCGGACCCUCCAGGGCUUUGUUCAUGGACGAGAUAUCUACCGGUUUAGACAGCUCAACGACGUACCAGAUAGUGAACUCCCUCAGAAACUAUGUUCACAUCUUCAACGGCACAGCUCUGAUCUCUCUGCUUCAGCCUGCACCCGAGACAUUCAAUCUCUUCGACGAUAUUUUCCUCAUCGCGGAAGGUGAGAUCAUCUACGAGGGCCCUCGCGAGCACGUGGUGGAGUUCUUCGAGACCAUGGGAUUCAAAUGUCCUCCGAGAAAAGGCGUUGCCGAUUUCCUCCAAGAAGUGACGUCAAAGAAAGACCAGAUGCAGUACUGGUCACGGCCUGAGGAGCCUUACAGGUUCGUGAGAGUGAGGGAGUUCGCAGAGGCGUUUCAAUCGUUCCAUGUCGGGAGGAGAUUGGGAGAUGAGCUGGCAGUGCCGUUUGACAAGAAGAAGAGCCAUCCAGCUGCUUUGACCACCAAGAAGUUUGGUGUUGGUAUCAAAGAGCUUGUCAACACCAGCUUCUCCAGAGAGUAUCUACUCAUGAAAAGAAACUCAUUUGUUUACUACUUCAAGUUCGGACAACUGCUGGUAAUGGCAUUUGCGACAAUGACUCUGUUCUUUAGGACAGAGAUGCAAAAGAAGACUGUAAUAGAUGGGAGUCUCUACACAGGAGCCUUGUUCUUCAUCCUUAUGAUGCUCAUGUUCAAUGGCAUGUCUGAACUUUCAAUGACCAUUGCAAAACUUCCUGUGUUCUACAAACAAAGAGAUCUUCUCUUCUACCCUGCGUGGGUAUACUCUCUGCCUCCUUGGCUCCUCAAGAUCCCUAUUAGCUUCAUCGAAGCAGCUCUCACAACAUUCAUCACUUACUAUGUCAUCGGUUUUGACCCCAACAUUGGAAGGUUGUUUAAGCAGUAUAUUCUGCUCGUGCUCAUGAACCAGAUGGCUUCAGCGUUGUUUAAGAUGAUGGCAGCAUUGGGAAGAAACAUGAUCGUUGCAAACACAUUUGGUGCAUUUUCGAUGCUCGUCUUCUUUGCCUUGGGUGGUGUGGUACUUUCAAAAGAUGAUAUCAAGAAGUGGUGGAUUUGGGGUUACUGGAUCUCACCGAUCAUGUACGGACAGAACGCUAUCGUGGCCAACGAGUUCUUCGGACACAGCUGGAGUCAAGCUGUCCCAAACUCGAGUGAUACACUUGGAGUUACUGUCCUGAAAUCUCGUGGGUUCUUACCACAUGCAUACUGGUACUGGAUUGGAACUGGAGCCUUACUCGGAUUCGUCGUGCUGUUCAACUUUGGUUUCACACUAGCUCUAACAUAUCUCAACUCCUUGGGAAAGCCUCAAGCUGUCUUGACUGAAGAUCCUGCGAGUAACGAGACAGAAGAACUUCACGUGGUUGACGCAAAUGCUAAUAAGAAAAAAGGGAUGGUGCUUCCAUUCGAGCCACAUUCAAUUACUUUCGACAAUGUUAUAUACUCAGUUGACAUGCCUCAGGAAAUGAUAGAGCAAGGCACACAAGAAGACAGACUCGUCUUGUUGAAAGGUGUGAACGGUGCAUUCAGGCCAGGUGUCCUUACAGCUCUCAUGGGUGUCUCUGGCGCUGGCAAAACCACUCUGAUGGAUGUCCUUGCCGGAAGGAAAACCGGUGGCUAUAUCGAUGGAAACAUCACUAUCUCCGGUUAUCCUAAGAACCAACAAACAUUUGCGCGUAUCUCAGGGUACUGUGAACAAACCGAUAUCCACUCACCACAUGUUACUGUCUACGAGUCUUUGGUUUACUCAGCUUGGUUACGUUUACCUAAAGAAGUCGAUUCCAAUACCAGAAAGAUGUUCAUAGAUGAAGUGAUGGAGCUGGUGGAGUUAACACCGCUGAGGCAAGCGCUGGUGGGACUACCCGGUGAGAGCGGUUUGUCAACGGAGCAAAGAAAGAGACUGACCAUCGCUGUGGAGCUGGUUGCAAACCCUUCCAUCAUCUUCAUGGAUGAACCUACUUCAGGGUUAGAUGCACGAGCUGCUGCCAUCGUUAUGAGAACCGUGAGGAACACGGUCGACACUGGGAGAACAGUCGUUUGCACCAUCCACCAGCCUAGCAUUGACAUUUUUGAAGCCUUUGAUGAGUUGUUCUUGCUGAAGCGUGGAGGUGAGGAGAUCUAUGUUGGACCUCUUGGCCAUGAAUCAAGCCAUUUGAUCAACUACUUUGAGAGUAUUCAAGGAAUCAGCAAGAUCACAGAAGGUUACAACCCAGCAACGUGGAUGCUUGAAGUUUCAACCACUUCUCAAGAAGCUGCUUUAGGAGUAGACUUCGCCCAACUCUACAAGAACUCAGAACUUUACAAGAGAAACAAGGAGCUUAUCAAGGAGCUAAGCCAACCAGCUCCAGGAUCAAAAGACUUAUACUUCCCAACACAAUACUCACAAUCAUUCUGGACACAGUGCAUGGCUUCUCUAUGGAAACAACACUGGUCCUACUGGAGAAACCCUCCUUACACCGCCGUUAGAUUCCUCUUCACAAUCGGUAUCGCUCUCAUGUUCGGCACAAUGUUCUGGGACCUUGGAGGCAAAACGAGAACGCAACAAGAUCUAUCAAACGCUAUGGGUUCAAUGUACACAGCUGUUCUGUUCCUCGGUCUACAGAACGCUGCCUCAGUGCAACCAGUGGUCAACGUAGAGAGAACAGUCUUUUACAGAGAACAAGCCGCCGGAAUGUACUCCGCCAUGCCGUAUGCUUUCGCCCAGGUCUUCAUAGAGAUGCCGUACGUUCUUGUGCAAGCUGUGGUGUACGGUCUCAUAGUGUAUGCGAUGAUAGGGUUCGAGUGGACCGCUGCUAAGUUCUUUUGGUACCUCUUCUUCAUGUAUGGAUCGUUCUUGACUUUCACCUUCUAUGGUAUGAUGGCUGUUGCUAUGACUCCUAACCACCACAUCGCCUCCGUCGUCUCCUCCGCUUUCUACGGCAUAUGGAAUCUCUUCUCCGGCUUCCUCAUCCCUCGUCCGAGUAUGCCGGUUUGGUGGGAGUGGUACUACUGGCUUUGCCCUGUUUCAUGGACAUUGUACGGAUUGAUCACAUCACAGUUCGGUGACAUUACGGAGCCUAUGGCAGAUGGUACGAGUGUGAAGCAAUUUAUUAAAGAUUUCUAUGGAUUCAGAGAAGGUUUCUUGGGAGUGGUGGCUGCCAUGAACGUCAUCUUCCCAUUGGCCUUUGCCAUCAUCUUUGCUAUUGGAAUCAAGAGUUUCAAUUUCCAGAAGAGAUAGAACAGUUUUACAUUCUCUACUAUUUGAAAAUCAUACACUUAGCAUUCUACUUCCUGUAACACAAAUAAAAAGGCAUUUUUUUGUUUUGUUUGUACAAUUAUACGUUCUUCCUUCUUAUUGUAAUGAUAAUCAAUAACAUUUAGUUUUGAAUC